AAAAAAAAAAAGAGGGUUCGCGCCUGGGCUUCGCCGCCGCCGCCAGGGAACGAUCCGGUCCCGCUCGCGUUCGGAUCCGGCGCUCUGGGUGUCUUUGGGGAGGGUCGGCCGGAUUUGGGUUCUCCUCGCGUGGAAGGAGGGGGAAGGCGGAAAGAAGACGAAGGGCAAGCCGCACGGAGGGAAUUUAAAAUCAUCAUUAAAAAAAAAAAACACCAACAGACCAAACCGCUCCCAAGAAGAUCUGGUAUAUAUAGAUAUUCCCCCCCCCCAUUUUUCCUUUCUUUUUUGCCAAUGGCCAAAGGGGAAGGAGCGGAAAGCGUUUCAUCGGCGGGACUUUUGCAACAAACGAUCCUAAAACAAGAGGAAUUUAUCCGUCCCAAGAGAGAAAGCAAAGAGAAGCUGUCAAUAUGCAGCAAAGUCUGUUAUGCCAUCGGUGGAGCACCCUACCAGGUCACAGGAUGUGCGCUGGGGUUCUUUCUGCAGAUCUACUUGCUGGAUGUGGCCCAGUUGGACCCUUUCUAUGCCUCCAUCAUCCUUUUUGUUGGCCGAGCGUGGGAUGCCGUUACGGAUCCGCUGGUGGGGUUCUUCAUUAGCAAAACGAGAUGGAGUCGCUUAGGACGUCUGAUGCCCUGGAUUCUAUUCUCCACUCCUUUUGGUGUGAUCUCCUAUAUCCUCAUCUGGUAUGUGCCUGACAUCUCUCAAGGGCAAGUGAUGUGGUAUCUUUUCUUCUACUGUGUUUUCCAGACGCUUGUGACGUGCUUCCAUGUGCCCUACUCCGCGCUCACCAUGUUCAUUAGCAGAGAACAAAGCGAGCGAGACUCAGCCACCGCCUACCGCAUGACAGUGGAGGUGCUGGGCACAGUCUUGGGAACAGCCAUCCAAGGGCAGAUUGUUGGCAAAGUUGACACACCGUGCAUUCCUGACCCACCGUCGAUAGACAUUGCCAACAAUUCGUCUGUGGCUUGGGAGGAGCUCAACAUCACCCACGACACAGGUUCACUCACGGACACGAGAAAUGCCUACAUGAUAGCAGCUGGUGUCAUUGGUGGGAUCUAUAUUCUCUGUGCUGUCAUCUUGUUUCUGGGAGUGCGAGAAAGGCGAGAAUCCUCAGAGCUCCAGUCGGCCGAACAGGCUUCCUUCUUCGAGGGCUUGAAGCUGGUGAUGAAGCAUGGCCCCUACAUCAAGCUGAUUACUGGCUUUCUCUUUACCUCUUUAGCUUUCAUGCUCCUGGAAGGCAAUUUUGCCUUGUUCUGUACCUAUACUUUGGGUUUCCGCAAUGAAUUCCAGAAUAUUCUACUUGCCAUCAUGCUCUCGGCCACCUUGACCAUCCCUUUUUGGCACUGGUUCCUUACUCGGUUUGGGAAGAAAACGGCCGUCUACAUUGGAAUCUCGUCUGCCACGCCUUUCCUCAUCUUGGUUGUGACGAUGGAGAGUAACCUCAUCAUCACCUACGUUGUAGCUGUUGCAGCUGGGAUGAGUGUUGCUGCUGCCUUCCUUUUACCCUGGUCCAUGUUACCAGAUGUCAUUGAUGACUUCAACCUCCAGUACCCAGAUUCCGGGGGCCACGAAGCCAUUUUCUUCUCCUUCUACGUCUUCUUCACCAAGUUUGCUUCCGGAGUUUCUCUUGGGAUUUCCACACUGAGUUUAGACAUUGCUGGAUACAAGACCCGAGGCUGCUCCCAGCCAGAGGAGGUGAAUUUCACGUUGAAAAUGCUGGUGUCAGCUGCUCCGGUGAUUUUGAUCAUUCUUGGCUUGCUCCUCUUCAAGUUGUACCCCAUUGAUGAAGAGAGGCGGAGGAAAAACAAGAAAGCCUUGCAAGAUUUAAGAGAUGAAGAAAGCAACAGUAGCACUGAGUCGGACUCCACAGAGCUGGGCAGCAUCGUUUGACCCCCGCCUUGCCUUGGUUUAUGGUUUACGCACUGGGAUUCUUGGGAAACAGGGACGGCGAGGCUGCAUCUGCCACCCUGGUGUCUGCUGUGCAGGAGGGAAUACUGACUUGCUCCUAUGAGGGAGUGCCUUAUGACGUCCUUCCAGACUGCGCUGGAGAGCAAAACUCGGUAUAAGUUGUGCCUUAACGUGGGAUCCAUGGCGUGCUGACUUCUGUGUGCAUGCAGGGUGGUAUUGGGUACGGAUCGAAUAAACACCCAAACCCAACGUGUCUCCUCCUGGAAUGAGUUAGGAAAACCCAUUUUGAGCCAUGACUUUCUUCUGGAAGAGAGGAUGCCACCUGCCACUAAUCCAAGCUGGUACCACUAGCAUUGAAUGUGAUGCAAGUUUUUGCAGUACUGUAAAGUUUGUGUGUGUAUGUGCGAGCGUGUGCGUAGUUGCGUGUUUCAUUUUUCUCUUACCAUGGACCCUGAUGGUGCUUCGUGGUGUAUAUUACACCAGUGGCAUGACCUUACCGAACACAACUUUGUACUGUCCUGUUCUGUAAAUAAGGCACAAUGUAAAAAACAAACUGUGGUGUUGCUGGGUUUUAUCUGUGG